GCGAAUAAAUGCCCUUCUCCUCCUGGCUCCGCACUUCCACCUCCGCUCCUCGCUUUAUUCCACGGCGGCGCCGGAGAGGAGGCGGCGAGGCGAGGCGAGGCGGAAACCACCACACCCACACAGUGAAGAGACUCCGCCUCCGCCUCCACCUCCGCCUCCGCAGCCAUGGCCUCCGCAGCCAUGGCCGCCGCAGCCGUCGCCACCGCCGAGCCCAAGACCAAGUACGAUCGCCAGCUCAGUACAGGAUAUGGGGUGAUCAAGGACAGGCUGCACUUGAGAAGGCUAGCAUAUGCUUGCUUAACUGUGGCCCUACCGGAACUGAAGCGCUGAAGAACCUUGUGCUUGGAGGAAUAGGGAGUGUUACUGUUGUUGAUGGCUCCAAAGUCGAACCGUCGGACCUGGGAAACAAUUUUUUGUUGGAUGAAGAGUGCUUGGGUCAUUCAAGAGCAAAAUCUAUCUGUUCUUUCUUACAAGAGCUCAAUGAUGCUGUGAAAGCCAAAUAUGUCGAGGAGUCUCCAGCGACAAUGAUAGAUACAAAUCCUUCCUUCUUUUCCCAGUUCACUGUUGUCAUUGCUACACAGCUUCCUGAGAGUUCUUUAUUGAAAUUAGAUAGUAUCUGCGGAAGCGCAAAUAUUGUUUUGGUUGCUGCGCGUUCAUAUGGUUUAACUGGCCUUGUCAGGGUCAGCAUCAAGGAGCACUGUGUUAUAGAAUCAAAACCAGACCACUUCUUGGAUGAUUUACGAUUGCACAAUCCCUGGACUGAACUCAAGCAAUUUGCAAAGUCAAUUGAUAUAUGCGACAAGGAUGCUGUUGUGCACAAGCAUACUCCAUACAUUGUUAUCCUUGUGGGGCUUGCAGAAAAAUGGGCAGAUGCGCAUGAUGGGCAGUUACCUUCGACCAGGCAAGAGAAAAGGGAAUUUAAGGACCUAAUUCGAGCCCAUAUGCUUAACGUAGAUGAAGACAAUUACAAAGAAGCAGUAGAAUCUUCAUACAAAGUCUCGGUAACUCCAGGAAUUAGUAAUGAAAUCCGUCAGAUAAUUGAUGAUAACUCCUCUGAAGUCAAUUCUUCUUCUUCAGAUUUUUGGGUUUUAGUGUCUGCUUUGAAGGAAUUUAUCCCAAAUGAGGGCAAUGGUGAGCUACCUCUCGAGGGAACAAUACCUGAUAUGACAUCACUUACCGAGUAUUAUGUAAGCCUACAAAAGAUUUACCAAGCUAAAGCUGAAUCCGAUUGUCUUGCCAUGGAGCAUCGUGUGAAGAGUAUUUUGAAGCGAAUUGGUAGAGAUCCUGAAUCUAUUUCAAGAGCAUAUAUCAAAACAUUUUGCAAAAACACUAGAAAACUCAAAGUCUGUAGAUACCGCAGUAUGGAGGAGGAGUUUAGCUCUCCAGUCCUAUCUGAAGUUCAAAAGUACUUCGCCGACGAAGACAGUUGCUACGCAAUGAACUUCUAUGUUCUGCUACGUGCUGUUGACCGGCUUGCUGCCAGCUAUAGCAGAUUACCUGGAAUAUUCGACAGCAUUGGGUCCACUAGUGAAAUUGUUGAGGAUGUUCCUAGGCUGAAGGCGGCUGCUGUCUCGGUGCUGAGUGACAUGGGUUUGAAGGGAGCAUCCUUGUCUGAAGACCUGGUUACUGAAGUGUGCCGGUUUGCGGGUGCAGAGAUUCACCCUGUCGGUGCCUUUAUUGGCGGAGUGGCCUCCCAGGAAGUAAUCAAGCUGGUGACCAAGCAGUUUGUGCCGCUGAAUGGGACAUUCAUAUUCAACGGAAUCGAUCUCAAAUCUCAAGUCUUGGCCUUGUAACAUGGCUUGUUAUCUUCUAGAGCAUUUUGGAACUGUCAUCCAAUUGGUUACACUUGAGUAGAACUGGAAGAUUCUGCGUCACGGCCUUGGUGCAGUGAGAUCAUUCUGUCCAUUUACUGGGAUUUGGGCUGGACUAAAUUCCGUGCUGAGGUAGUGGUUUAUGUGCUGGUUGGGAAUCAGCUCGAUAUGAGUUUAUGAAGCCAUUUCCCCUCUCUUGUGCUGGUAUGAACACCUCUACCGACCUGUUGGCAGUGGAAUGUGAAUUGGUGCCUAUGUGAAGACUACCAUGUCUUCGCGGCGAAGCAAAUCUUGCUUACAUCUUUGUGCCCAACAUAUACUUUGAAAUAGUUUAUUGUAAACAAAGCUUACGGUUGAGGCAGAGUCUGUUGAUGAUGAAA